AGAAAAUUAACGUUAAGGAAAAUAGCAGAUAGCCAGACAACUGCGGAACAAUACAGGCUCCCAAAUAAGGACCAGACGACAGUCACUGAGAUUUCUGUUUGAGAACACAGGAAUCCUCACAAAGCGCCAUGUCAUCCGAGCAGGGGGAGACUUCACCCUCACAGGCACCUGAUUCACCGGUGUCCCCGCCGUUAUCAUACUUCCGCGAUAGCAUUAAAACCUGGGAGCGGAACAACUCUCUCCUUGUGGAUCUGCCCAGCCCCCUCCCCACCAAACGUACCCGCACCUACUCUGCCUCAGCCCGGGCAACACUUGGACCUUUGUCGAAGGGAAGAUGCAAGUGUUUCUCCAGGUCACAGGGCCAUGGGUUCAUUACGCCCAUGGAUGGGAAAGAGGACAUCUUUGUACACAUCUCCGACAUUGAAGGAGAGUAUGUGCCAGUGGAAGGAGAUGAAGUCACGUACAAGGUCUGUGCCGUCCCACCCAAGAAUCUGAAGUACCAAGCAGUCGAGGUGGUCAUCACUCACCUGGCCCCAGGAACCAAACACGAGACCUGGUCUGGGCAGAUUGUCAACUCCUGAGGGAGGCCAGGCCUGAGGGGUUGGGCCUAGAGCCCAACAGGUGGGCCCCAUUGACAGCAAAACAUAACAACAAUAAUUGUGGGGAAGAAUAUGUGAUUUGUGAGCUGUGUAUUGUUAUAGACUUUAAAGGGUAUGGAUUUGAAAAAGAAUCAUAUACGAAACAAAACUGAGUUCCUACAGGGUGGGGAAGGGGGAGUGAUUUUGGCUGCCCUUUUUUAUUUUCACUACAGUUCCCUUGUCUCACUGCCUAUGAAAUAUUCUUGCUUAAUUUCAGCUUUUGGGCCAGAUCAUUCAGUUGAAUUCACCUGAAGGCAAACCCAUUAUAUUUGGGCAGAGUCCAUUUCCUUUACUUCCCAAUGGCAGAGUGGACUCAAUUUAAAUUUAAGAUGAAUUUGUCACAGUCCAGCUACAUUGGAUAGGAGGAGCCCCUUGAGCCUUCUCCGCUCCAUUCACUAAGACCAUGGUUUAUCUAUAUCUUAACUCUGUCUACCCGCCUUGGCUCCGUAAACCUUAAUACCCUUGCCGAACGAAAAUCUAGCAAUCUCAGUUUUGUCAUUUUCAAUUGACCCCCCAGUCUCAACAGCUUUUUGGGAAGAGAGUUCCAGAUUUCCAUUACGAACAUACGAACACACAAAUUAAAAGCGAGAGUAGGUCUUUUGGCCCCACAAGCCUUCUCUGUCAUUUGAUAAGAUCAUGGCUGAUCAGAUUGUGGGGUCAACUCCACUUUCCUGUUCACCUCCCUUUUACUCCCUUGUCAAUCAAGAAUCUGUCUAACUCACCCUUAAAAAUAUGCAUUGACUCAGCCUCCACUGCUCUCUGGGGGAGGAGAUUUCCACAGACCAACGACCCCCUGAGAGAAAAGAGUUCUCCUCAUCUCCAUCUUAAAUGGGAAACCCCCCCUUUAUUUUUAAAC